AUGGAUCGGUUAGGGCUAGGAUCGGCAUUUGGCCAGCCACCAAGGCACACUAGUCAGUUCCGCAACCCAUUCGGCAGACGACCGUGGAUGGAACAAAGCGGUGCGGCGGCGGCUGCCCCCGGAGCCAAAGGACUAAAAGGGAUCGUGGCGGGCGGCAUCACGGGUGGCAUCGAGAUCUGCAUCACCUUUCCGACCGAGUACGUGAAGACGCAGUUGCAGUUGGACGAAAAAGGCGCAACCAAGCGGUACAACGGCAUCAUGGACUGCGUAAAGCAAACGGUCAAAACGAACGGCGUGUUGGGGCUGUACCGUGGCCUCAGCGUGCUGCUAUACGGUUCGAUCCCGAAGUCCGCCGUUAGGUUCGGUGCAUUCGAAAGCCUGAAGGGACGGCUGAUGGACACGAAUGGGCAGCUAAGUACGUCCGGGAAGUUGUUGGCCGGUCUCGGAGCAGGUGUCGCUGAAGCCAUCCUGGCCGUGACACCGAUGGAGACGGUGAAGGUGAAGUUUAUCAACGAUCAGCGUAGCGCAACACCCAAGUUCCGAGGCUUUUUCCACGGUGUGGGCAUGAUCGUGCGACAGGAAGGUCUGUCCGGAGUUUACAAAGGCCUCACGGCGACCAUCUUGAAACAGGGAUCGAACCAAGCCAUCCGGUUCUACGUAAUGGAGACGCUGAAGGACAUGUACAAGGGUGACGAUCCUUCCCGUCCGGUACCGAAGAUGGUGGUCGGUGCAUUCGGUGCCGUUGCUGGAGCCGCUUCCGUCUUCGGUAACACGCCGAUCGAUGUGGUGAAGACGCGCAUGCAAGGACUUGAGGCGGCCAAGUACCGGAACACGGCUGACUGUGCGCUUCAGAUCUGGAAGAACGAGGGCCCAAUGGCGUUCUAUAAGGGCACGGUACCGCGGUUGAGCCGCGUCUGUCUGGAUGUCGCGAUCACGUUCAUGAUCUACGACUCGUUUAUGGAUCUGUUCAACAAGUUCUGGCGCUAAACGGUCCGUUUUCGCUGCGUCGCACGAAUUACAUGACAGUGACAGCAAGCGGAAGGAUUCAGGAUUAGCGUAGGAGCAAAGAGCUAAUGGGGGGAAGGGCCAUUCGUCAAGACGGUUUCUUACGGAUAAUAUUGCCGAUCGACAUUCCGAAGCACAUUCAGGGAAUUUAUUUAAUAGUGUUAGGACACGGCGGGUUUUAAGCGCGCCCCCAAUUCGUUCCCAUGCCAAACGGCAAUUGUAUCGUGUAGUUUUUUUUGAAGCACGAAGCAGUAGGUUUAAGACAAUACACAACAUACCCCUUUAAAAGGCGUAGGGGCCGAGAAACCUAGUGCACACACAUCAAUGUUAGGGGUUUUUGAGUAGCAAAACGCACUAGUCGUUAAAUACACUUCCCUUGGCCCAUAGUAGCAUCAUUUUUUGCUACACGACGAGUUGAAGUACGUUGAUAGAAUCGCAACAUCCGGAAGGUCCUUCAAGUUGGCCUUCAGGGGCAUCGAUCCUUCACAGGGGGCACAAAACACAAUUUACAUCAAAACGAGAGGCGCAUAUUAACGGCCAUAUCUGUCUAACAGAAUUACCGCACUAGUUUGUCCUGACGACGUCCAAAAAGAAAAUCCGUAUAUUGUUUUAACAGCGGUUUCGUGAGCAAAGUACUUUAAUUAUACGCUUAAGGCAAGGGUUAACCGUACGCAUUCCGUUUUUUUUUCUUUGGUUGUCUGCUAAUAUAUCCUCUGCGCGCUAGUAAACGCACUUUCCAUGAAAACGCUUCGUUCCCGUUGCUUUUAUAUUGUUAUUUCGUUUGGCUUGUUCAUCAACGUCUGUGUUCCGGUUGCAUUUAGCUUUUGGGACAUGCAUAAACGCCUUUACGAUUCCCGAUUCGUAUUUAUGUAUACACAGUCCUACAUGUACGCACGUUUAUACAACGUUCUAGCGUAAAUGCCGUGUUCUUUGUAGAGUCAACAAUGUUUAGUCUGUAUCUAUUGCAGAAAUAAAAUUAUAUGUCGAGCGAUAGAAGAAUCUACGCCUAACGAAGCAAA